GGCGAGCAAGCGAGCGAGCGAGCGGGCGGGCGGGCAGCAUCUUUGGGAAACUCCAACCGCCGCCACCGCUACCUGAAGCGCGAGGAAGGCCAUAAAGGGCUCUUUGUGCGGCUCCUUCGUCCUUCUCUCCUGGCCGGCGCCACCAUGGGGGCAGCCAGCGCCGCCUUCGUAGCCCUGCUGGCGGCGUCCACUUUCCUGCCGCUCGGCGCUGCAGGUGAAAUGGAGAUACCUGAUCCUGAUGAUCCUUUAAACCAAAUGGAUGGACAUGACAGACCGGUUCCAACACACAAAGGUUAUUUUCUGACCUUCUUGGAACCAGUGAACAAUAUUACCAUAGUCCAGGGCCAGACAGCAAUUCUCCACUGUAAAGUGGCAGGAAACCCAGCCCCCAAUGUCAGAUGGUUAAAAAAUGAUGCACCCGUUGUUCAGGAACCCAAAAGGAUCAUUAUAAGGAAAACAGACUAUGGUUCUCGAUUAAGGAUCCAAGCUCUUGACACCACUGACACUGGUUAUUAUCAAUGCGUGGCCACAAACGGGAUGAAGACAAUAACUGCAACAGGAGUUCUGUUUGUAAGACUGGGUCCAACACACAGCCCAAAUCACAAUUUUCAGGAAGAUUAUCAUGAAGAUGGGUUUUGCCAGCCUUACCGGGGAAUUGCAUGUGCUCGAAUCAUUGGAAACAGGACCAUUUAUGUGGACUCCCUCCAAAUGCAAGGGGAAAUUGAAAACCGAAUUACCGCUGCAUUUACUAUGAUUGGCACAUCCACCCAUUUAUCUGACCAGUGUUCCCAGUUUGCCAUCCCCUCCUUUUGUCAUUUUGUAUUUCCCCUGUGUGAUGAACAGUCUCGGACACCUAAGCCAAGGGAGCUCUGUCGGGAUGAGUGUGAGGUUCUGGAGAAUGACAUCUGCAGGCAGGAGUACAACAUCGCCAGGUCUAAUCCACUCAUUCUGAUGCAGCUCCAGCCACCUAAAUGCGAGGAUCUGCCAUUGCCAGACAGUACCAACUGUAUACGAAUCGGAAUACCUGUAGAGCGGCUCAACCGUUAUCACCAGUGUUACAAUGGCUCUGGAGUUGAUUAUAGAGGCACCGUCAGUGUUACAAAGUCAGGCCACAAUUGUCAGUACUGGGACUCUCAACACCCUCAUUCCCAUGACUUGACAAGUACAGCAUUUCCGGAGCUUGGAGGGGGACACGCAUUCUGCCGCAAUCCUGGAAACCAGAUGGAAGGUCCCUGGUGUUUUACUCAAAGCAAAAACGUACGCAUGGAACUGUGUGAAGUACCUUCUUGUAGUCCACGUGACAGCAGUAAAAUGGGUAUCCUCUACAUUCUGGUUCCCAGCAUAGCCAUCCCCUUGGUUAUUGCUUGCCUUUUUUUCCUGGUGUGCAUGUGCAGAAACAAACAGAAGGCAUCCGCUACUACUCCACAACGUCGACAGCUAAUGGCAUCUCCUAGCCAGGACAUGGAAAUGCCUCUCAUUAACCAGCAUAAACAGACUAAACUGAAAGAAAUCAGCCUCUCUACUGUGAGAUUCAUGGAGGAACUAGGUGAAGAGAAGUUUGGAAAAGUCUACAAGGGUCACCUAUUUGGCACAACUCCAGGGGAGCAGACACAAACUGUUGCCAUUAAAACACUCAAGGAUAAAGCAGACUUAACCCUGCGAGAAGAAUUUAAACAUGAAGCAAUGAUGAGGUCACGAUUACAGCACCCAAAUAUAGUUUGCUUACUGGGUAUAGUGACCAAAGAACAACCGGUCAGCAUGAUUUUUAGCUAUUGUUCCCACAGCGAUCUCCAUGAAUUCUUGGUUAUGAGAUCACCUCACUCUGAUGUUGGCAGCACCGAUGAUGACAAGACAGUGAAAUCUGCCUUGGAGCCAGCUGAUUUUUUUCAUAUUGUGACACAAAUAGCAGCAGGAAUGGAGUAUCUUUCAAGUCACCAUGUUGUCCACAAAGAUUUGGCCACUAGAAAUGUCCUGGUGUUUGACAAACUGAAUGUUAAAAUAUCCGAUUUAGGUCUUUUCAGGGAAGUUUAUUCUGCUGAUUACUACAAACUAAUGGGAAAUAGUCUGCUCCCUAUACGCUGGAUGUCCCCCGAGGCAAUUAUGUAUGGCAAGUUUUCCAUUGAUUCUGACAUCUGGUCCUAUGGAGUGGUACUGUGGGAGAUCUUCAGCUAUGGCUUGCAGCCGUACUGUGGCUAUUCCAACCAAGAUGUCAUUGAGAUGAUAAGAAACAGGCAGGUCUUGCCAUGUCCUGAUGACUGCCCUGCAUGGAUGUACUCGCUGAUGUUAGAAUGUUGGAAUGAAUUUCCCAACAGAAGGCCAAGAUUUAAAGACAUCCACAAUAGACUCAGAACUUGGGGAAAUCUGUCAAAUUACAAUAGUUCUGCACAAACAUCUGGUGCAAGCAACACCACGCAAACCAGUUCCCUGAGCACCAGCCCUGUCAGUAAUAUCAGCAACACUAGAUAUGUUGGGCCAAAGCCAAAAACACAAGCUUUCCCCCAGCCACAGUUCAUACCAAUGAAAGGACAGAUAAGACCUAUGGUUCCACCACCUCAGCUCUACAUUCCUGUCAAUGGUUACCAACCAAUGCCAGCCUAUGGAGCUUAUUUACCAAAUUUUUAUCCUGUCCAAAUCCCAAUGCAGGUGGCUCCUCAGCAGAUGGCUCCCCAAAUUAUUCCAAAACCAGGGUCGCAUCACAGUGGAAGUGGUUCUACAAGUACAGGAUAUGUAACAACAGCCCCCUCCAAUGCCUCUGUGGCUGACAGGGCUGCUCUUGUACCUGAAGGUUCAGAAGAGCUACAUAAUGUGACAGAAGAUAUUUCUCAGAGUCUGGUCCAAGAGGAGGAAGAAGAGGAAUGCUCAGUGCCGGAAACAGAAUUGUUGGGUGAUAAUGACACUCUUCAACUGGAUGAGACAGAGUUUCAGUCAGAGGCCUAAAGUUGUUGCCUUAUUGCCAAGACAAAAUUGAACAUCUCUUCAGUGCUCUGGAGAGUGUAAAUGGUCUGACUUGUCUAAUUAGUUUUGUUGUUGGGAGUCUUAUACACAACGACUAAUCUGAAACCACAUAAAAUGCAGCAAUAAUGAUGUCCCAAGUUUAUGAGCUUUCCUUUCUAGCAGAUAUUUGCAAAUGUAGAGUUUGUUUUUUAAAUCUUAAAAGUUGAUUACAGUUCUUACAGGGAAGCUGCUUUUAUAAUAUACUGUUGCUGUGCAACAUAUAGUGGAAAUGCAUUGCACAUCAUGUAUAUCUUGAACUGUGAUAGUCGUAUUUUUUAAUGAAUUUUGGUCAAAUCGGUAGUCAAAAAAGAAAAGAAAGAAAGAAGCCGAAUGACAGUAACAGAAAAGAUUGAAGAGGUGUCCAAAGUGUGAUGGACAGCUGUUUACCUCGCUAAUGCAAUAUAUUUGCAAAGUGGCUAUUUAGGUGUAGAGAAGAUGAGAGGGGGAGGGGAAAAUGUUCCAAAUUUGAAAUCUAGUUGGAGCUGAUGGUGAAAAGCAGAAUGACUUCUAUGCAUUUGACGUAGUGAUUUGAGAAUAGAAGUUUCCUCCAGCAUAGCAGGAAAUAUAUUUUGCUGCCCAAAAGAAGUGACAGGGUAGACAGUGUGGUAACAAGCUGAACUCUUUUGCCUGUAGGAGCUCACAUUUGGAGAAAAGGCUCAGAAAUGCAUUAGCACAUGUUGUUGAUCACGCUGAUCAAUAAGGAUUUUAAACUCAUUUUUUUAUUUUAUAAGAUGGUGCUGGAAAAAUACACACACAGUCUUUGUUUUUUAAAAAAUGUUUAGUGAUUGUAGAUUUUGGAAGACCAAAAUAAGCAAUAUUGUACAGAGCGUUUAUGUCUCCAGUGCUUUUUUAUGAGAUAAAUCAUGUACAGACUUUGAAAUGUAAUUUAUGUUUUGAUACAUUUUAUAUUGUUUUCUUCCAUUUGGAUCUUUCAUAAGAAUCCUUAUAUAAUUUAACUGUUUACAUUAUGAUGUAUAAUAUUUGGGGUUGGAAUCUGUAUGCUCUUGUUACAUUGAUAAAAAAAGGUCCAUACAUUUCAUAGCCGUUUCCACAAUACAAAUAGUUUCUAUGUUGUUUUAUAGUGAAGUUACACGUAUGUUCCUAACUUGUAAAUCCAGCAGCACAUGGACUUCCUAACAAAGUAGUAAAUAAACAUUUGAUUAAUGUUUAGAUGGGUAGGCCAUCAAAGUGGGAAGUCACACUUUCCUUCUCUUCCACCGUGUAAUUAAUGCCUUUGAUUGAAGUGUGUCAUUAGAUUCACUUCAGAUGUGUCAUUGUGAUCUGCAGCCCAUGUUCAUAACAGCAGUAGCAUAUCAGUUUCUCUCUUGAAAUUGGCUGUGCACUGAUAAGUAAACAAUGAAAAACCCUCUUGCUUGUUAAUAUAAGUGCAAGUUGGAGAUUAUUAAUAAAUCAUACAAAUAAAUUUUGAAGUCUAAA